GUGUGUGUGGAUGGUCGGCGUAACGCUGGCGGGCCCCAACGAGGCGGCGGGCGGCGACGAUCGAUAGGGCGGGCGCGGCGCUGCAGUCGGCAUACACCGCCGCCUGACGCCUGCCGUCCUAGCCUUCCGACACUUUAGCGACCGCUCGCGUCGCGAUAACUCGCGACGAUGCGCGGCGACCGCGCCGCGCGCGACACGCGCCACAAUAAAGAUCACGAAAACUUAAAAUCAUCACUGAAAAAGGGCACCAAAUCUAAAAAGCACCGAGUUAUAUUCGAUGAGAGCGCUAACGAAUUUUUUGAAGCUGAUUACAUUAUCGUCGUGCGCGAUGAAUGUGGAUACUCUGAUGAGGGUGAAGGCGAAGAAUGUUCGGGUUGUGGCGCGUGCGAGCGGUACCAAGAGCCGGAGCCGGGCGCGCUCAGCCCACCAGAAGGCUACAAAGACAUGGGCCUCUUCAACCGCGAUGGAACUUUGCGCGAGCAAGCUUGGUGGGAAGCCGGGGACGUGCUGCUGGUGGGCGAACGCUCGGGAACGGUGUUCACGCCGCAGCACCUGCAGCUGUUGCGGCGGCUCCAGCGCGAGAGGAUGCUGCGCUCCACCAUCUGUGCUGACUGUGACGCACACGCCGCUCUGCACCAGCCUCUAGAAAUGGAAUACAGCUAUGAAGAGGAGGAGGGGAGUGACGUGGAGACGGAUUUGCGGCCGGUCGCUCGCCGGACGGCUAAGCACAUCGCCGCCGGGGAAGAACGACCGCGGAUCAAUUCCAGCCAACAGACCACCCCCACCGAUGAGUGCAACCCGGAGAUCUGUGUGGAAGAGGCGAAGCCUGAAAUGCCAUCAGCCCCGCUAACUAGCGAAGAUAGCGACACGGCGGAUACCGAUGGCAGACUGUCUUCCGAGUGCUCGCCGUUACCGCAGCGUCGGGGUGGAAUAUUAAAAGGGGGGAGGCUUUGGAAGUCGUUGGACACCGACAAGGACAUAAAUGAACAGAACGAUGAUCAGCGGUCCACGACCACAGCCAGCGACGAAGACGGUUCCAUCACACCACGGUCUGUACGAUUUUUAGAAAGACCAAAGGAUUCGGAGGAUGAGCAUUCAAAGAAGGAACCAGAAACGGUUCACACUCAAACUGAAAAUAAUGAAACUACAACACAACAAAAGGAAUAUAACUCCACAAGCGGAACUCACAGACUGGAGACGCCGCUCAUCCUAACGAUCAACGCGCCCAAAGCUAAUUCGGCGGUUCAGCAGUUGUUCAACAGCGGCAGACCGCCGCCGCCCGCCAUCGAACCACAGUUAGUCACUUCUGAAACGCUGAGGGCAUGGGAUGCGGGUGUCAGACCCAAGACUGAGGAGGCGGCGGUUCGCCGCGUAGCUGAAAGAAAUGCAUUACGCUGCUCUUUACUCCGUAGCGAGGCCAGGAAAAAACAACAACCAAAGCAGGAAACGACGUCUCUCGCCGAGCGCAUUCGUUUACUGACUUGUGAUGUCGAGGAUGAGCCGGAGGAGCAGAGAGCAUCGCCCGCCGGAGCCAUUGGCGACAAGAUGUCGAGCAGCAGUGACAAAUCGAGCGACAAGUCCUACAAUAGCAUUGACAAGAACAGCGAGAAAGCUUUCGGCAGCGCAUCGUCGAGCUCGUCGUCAUCGACAAUAUCAGUGCCUCUGCCCACACGCCAGCUUCCCCCCGACUUGGGUGACGUACAUCAGGAGCCCCAAAAGCCAAAGUCAGAACCGAGGCGACAGUUCCUAUCUACACUGGCGCCAUUGACCGCCUGCGUGGGAAGUGCAGCUCAUCACGAGGGCUUCUACUACGUACCACCUGGAGAUCGUACGUCGGCAUCAUCAGCCACUAACCUAGACUUACAGGAGCAUACAGACGCUCCAGCACCGGACGUAGUCGCAGGAACUCCCGGAGCUGGUGAAGGUGACGACGGUCUGGCUGCUUUCGCUAGGGCUACUGCUCCAAGGACUGAAAGACUGAGGCAGCGAUACGGCCAGGAGUCACAACCCGUCAGCAGCGACGAUGAGCAUGAUGACUACGGUUUCCACCGCCGACCGGCCGUUCGCGGUAUUGCUAUAAAGCAGCAGCUUGGCGCAUCCGACGAUAUAUUGCAACAGAUGCAGAACGAAUUGCAGCCAUCUCCAGGCACGACGCCGCAACAAAUGCCGCCCUCACACGCUUGCCAACGCACAAACUCCAACUAUUCUUGGCCUUACUAUUCUGAAGCCAAUCUUAAUUCACGGCCACAAAGCAGAACUAGUGCUAAUUCAAACUGGUCCAAAUCGUCCGACUAUAUGCCUUCGCGACCGUGCCAGAGUACUCCGGUGCCGCAGCAGCACUCGGACGCUUGCUACGCCCACGCUCAGAACAUGGCGUCCUACGCACACUAUCAGCAACAGCGGCAGCAGCAGGAGAGCAUGUACCGCAACUGUUCUCUCUACGCCAAUAUCGGGUGUUCGGACAGUAGCCAGGAGCUAUACAGCUCCCAAACGAGCUCGGAGCAGACAUCUCCGGUGCGCGCUGUGCCACGCUGCCGCCGCCCGGAGUCUCCGCCACCAAUCCGGAGCCACCAUCAACUGCUUUACCUGCCAUACAGUUCCCACUAUCACUACCAACACCAUGCCGACUACGGUCAGCAGCAAUGGCAGCAGGCUAACGACUACAACCGCAUGCACUCGUAUUACCAGCAGCAAGCCCGCAGCGGUGCGAGCACGCCACAGCCGGCCGCAGCACAGCCACAGCGAGCGCACUACACACAUGCGCUUCAAUUGCAGACGCUCUGCCCUGCACCCGCGCGCUACAGGCCUGUGCCAGCCCCUCAACCUGGAGGUGGAAAGCAAAUGAUUUGCUACUCUGAGAAAGUGGCGGCUCCGAUGUACCAACCGGCACCAGGGUCUCCAUCCAGAGCUGCCAGGGGGGCUCCAGAGGGUGCGCCCUCUGGGGUAUCUGCACAGCAAGCCACGUCACCAAUGGCACCUCCCCCGAACCCCGUCUACUAUGCCAUGAACGUCUGACGGGGGGACUAGGUGAGAAUCGUGGUGGGCCCCACAGGAGAGGUCCGUGUCAGUAUUCAGCCACCAGAGAACACAACCAUUCCAACAAAGAAAAAAUAACAGUUGUUGUCGAUCCCUGCACAAACAGGAGUUUAAAAAUUGUUUACCCUAAAUGGUAACAGCCACGUUAACGAUUAUAUAAUGGUAUGUCGAUGUAUAUAAAGUAAUUUGUCCAUGUUAUUAUAAUUCUUGAGUAUCAGAAAUGUUUUAGGUGAGAAUAAUCAUAAGAUUCAUAAGUAGUUCUGUGAAUAUUAACCUUUUUUGGGACCGAUACAACAAAAUCACCACGUCUUCGUUGUAUAAUUAUUAAUGUAAAUAUUAAUAGUUCUAUGUGUGUAUCUAAUCAAGUUUGUGCGUGUUCAGAUAAGCAAUAAUUUAAACGCAACUCUUCACAGUUCUGCUCUUCUGAUUUUUAAUUCAUGUUCUUCUUAAAACCAAAAUUACUUACCAAAGAUUUAUUGUGUUACUCUAAACCAAAUUAUUUGCCAAAGUGUACAUUUAUUUUAUUUUUAACUUUUUUAUCGAAAUACUAUACAUGUUAUUAAUAGAAUAGAAUAAUUGAUAAUUAAUUGCUUUUCAUAUCGUGAUAUUUAUAAAACCCAUAGAAUACAGUUGUAGAGCUCCAAGCAGCUGAGAUUUUAAAAUUUAAAUGUUUGCUUCUGAAAUAAUUGUCAUAAAGUAUAAUAUUCCUUAAAUAAAAUAAUAAAUAUCGUCUGAUGUGUUAGUUUAUAUGUAUGGAGAAUUGUGUAAAACUGAUGUUGGAUUUUGGGUUGCUAGAGACAUAACUAUGACGAAGAUUACAUCUCGAUAAGGAAAGUGUUCUGAAAAAAUGAAUUGACACGGCCUAGAUUAGAAGGUAAUGUGAUUUAUAUUUAAAUAAUUGUAGUUCAUAACUUAAAUGAACUUUGAAUGCCGGAAAAGUAAACCUAGUUAUAUGAAAUAUCCCAAAAUUUCUGUCUACAUCAGUAUAUUAUAUGAAAAAUUUCAAUUUCUGUCUAUGUGAGUAAAUUACAUGAUACUAAACAAUUUUUCAACACUAUCAAUAGAUGUCUGAAAUGAAUAUUGUUCUACAGUAAUGCGAACCAAUUUUACCGCAUUUAUAAUGAAUAUAUACCUAAUAUUUAAAAACUUAGAUCUCAUUGUUGAUGUUGUUCGUGAAAUGGCCUUAUUGGGGCCUACCAGUUAAGUAUAUGAUUAGGUAGGUAAGUAUUCACGCUGCGUUUGCAACCCGUUCAUUUACCACUAGACUGGCCAUGAAGUAAUGAAGAUAUGAAACCUUCAUUGCUAACUGUUUAUUAAAUAAAUUAUAUCCUGUAAAGUCAGUGAGCGGGUUGCUACACAGGAAACUAAUUUCUCUAAGUUUGGCUAAUCAACGGACCAUUUGUUACCAUGCAAAUAUCCAAACUAGUGCCAAAAUAAGUAUUAGCGACGUAGUGUUCGAAACGAGAGCUAUGUUAUUUGUAAAUACCUACGAGAUUAGGUUUACGGAUUCCUAUUGCCGGCCUAUAAUUCUAUUAAGUUAAUUUAGGUUACUCAUCUUUAUUGAUAAAGCCUGUGAAUGGUAUCAUUCAAACCACUAACAAAAGAACUUGUAAAUUACUCAAAAUCAAAAGUAUUUCUCGGCUGACUGGACAAAGUGAGGGACACCUCGAUUUUCAUUAAGAUAAAAUUAUCGAGUAUUAUAAAUUACUUAUUAUUUAGUAUAUUUUAAGACAAUAACUUUUAUGUUUAUUACCAUAAGAUCGCUUUCGCUAAUAUUACCUACAUUAAAACAGUAGAUAUUAUUUUAUAAUAAUAAGAUUGGCUUUCACGUGUUUAUUGUGUAAAUUAUUAGAUGUAACUUCAGCUUACUGAUUAGGAGUGUCUAGAGAAGGCAAUCUAUUAACAACCACCAUAGAAAAAAAUUAACGAAGUUGCACAACUACUAGACCAAAAAGGGAGACCAAAAUUGAACCUCAUUCCUUUGAAAAUAGGUAGAAAACUAUUUUUGAGACAUCGACACUGGUAUCAUGCUAAUUAACUAACUUACCAAUUUAGUGUCAUCUCUAUAAGUAUAGAGAUAAUGAUAUAAUAAGAACAAAAAAAUAAGUUACCCAAUGGGUCACUGUUAUGAUACAUUAAUUUGAUAUCUCGUACCUAAUGCUGAGAUACCAUUCAUUCACAACGAUUUGUUCAUAUAUACAAUGAGAUACACGAUUUUCAAAAUCAAUUACAAUUUAUGCCACCAGUGACACUACUGUAGGUCAAAACAAAUGUGACCUGUAGUUCAAAAAGGACCUGAACUAGUGGUACAUAGGGAAGUUAGACACCUACUGAAACUAUAAUGUAAGCCGAUGAAAUCCUAUUGAAAAUUUUCAGAAAAUAUUUGGGACAAAGAUUCUUGUAAAAAGUUUUAGGAUAAAAAAAUGUGUUAUUAUUGUAGCAAAAGUGUUACCGGAGAGUAAGAGUAACCUAUUUUGUAAAUUGAUGCAAUGUAAAUAAUUAAAAAAUAACUUAAUGUGAAGCCAAAUCUGUAGAGUAGAAUGAAAAUAUCCCAAUUCAAUUGACCUAAGUAAUGCCUACUUUCUAAAAAGGUUGUUACUUCAUUAGUAAACUUUCUCAUGCCUACCAUUAUUGUUAAUCUUAAAUGUGUUACUUCAUUCCACCAAUGUAGAUAAGAACUGCCCCAUGUAGACUCGGAAUGUCAAUAUUACUAAAUAUACUUGGUAGAUAAAUGUCCAUAUAAUUACAGAUCAACAACGCAAUUCUUAUAACUAAUGCUUGAGUUGAGGGUUCACGUUAUAUAAUUGUUUAUAUUUAAGUAUAAGUAAUAGAUCUAUUCAAAAGAACUCAUUAAUCAAUGUUUUCGGUCUUGUGAUAUUGUUGUUUUGCUGCUUAGCAGUUUAUUUAGAAUUUUUUUAUAUGAUUUUAUAAGAAAAUCACAUAUUAUUGUAGAUGUUAAUCUGCCUAUAUAUUAAGUUGUGUUUAAUUGUUAUUUGGGAUCAUGUUACAAUGAAAAAAUAUUAUGAAUUGAUGAUGUUCGCUAAGCUAGUCAAACUUAUGACCAACUACUAUUAUAUCAUAAUUUAAUGUACUGUACCCCUUAACCAAAUGGCAGUAGUGUGAUAUUGAAAAUGUGUAAAUGUUAUUUAUUUGUAUAAUGUUAUGUAAAUGAUUUUGAAUUUUUGUGUUACGUAAUCACUGUAGCCUAAUACAUCUGCAAUACAAGACACAUCACAAGUGCAUUGCAAACUGUUUAAUUUCACAAUGGUUUCCAGAAUUGCCACAUGUAAAUAUUAUACAAUAUUGUCUGUUUGUAAUUCUGAAUGUUCAUAGCACUUGAGACACUAGAAUCCGGUGAAUGAUUAACUUUUGUUUUGAUAAGAAUAUCACCUAUACUGAAGGUAAAAUAACCUUUUCAUUGUCACUGUAAAAGCCACAUUUUAUUAAUAAAUCAAUGGUAAUAAAAUUUCAAAAAUUCAUUCACAUUUCAUACAUGAAUCUCAUAUUUAGUAGUGAAAUUAAAUAAAAAUAAGAACAAAAGGGAUGUUGUGAGUAGCAUUACAUAGAAAUGUAAGCAGUUUAUUUUCUCAGACUUGUAAGUAUUAACUCAAAAUUUUGAUAUACAACAUAGUAACUUACAUAUUUGGAAUGAUGAGUGAUUCAUACAAAAAAAGAGCUCUUAUGGUGUUAAAUGUUACUGCGAUUGAGAUAGUAAAUGGACAAAUUCCAUUUUAAAAAUGUAACUUUCAAAAAGUGUAGUCACAAUUGUUAAAAAUAUGUUUAUUGAAAUUCUUGAAGUAUUUCCUUGAUAAAUCAAUAAGGCAAAUACCAAGUAAAACGCACAUUACACAUGCCAGAGGCAGAAAUUGUGAUGGGUCACAAACAAGAUUCCAAAAUCUUUUUUCAAGUCUAAAUCUUGAUGUUUAUUGAUUUUUAUAUAACUUUACACGGUAUAGAUAGGUGUAUAUAACAAAAUACUAGUUGGGCAUUAUUAAUUUACGGAGAUGGAAAUCAUACUUGAGUACUUUAUUGCACUUUUAGUCCAGUAUUGUGAUGAGACUUGAGCUGUUUUAAAAUGAAUAAAUUUUCUGUGGCAAGUAGACAAAUUAAUACAAACAUUAAUUAGCUGAUAAAUGUAUAAAUGUUUUAAUACAUCAGUACUCGUUGAUCUCAUAAUAUAGUAUUUUAUCUUAAAAGCUCUUGAAACUGAGCAUUUUUACUAACUUUUGGUCAUCAGUAUUUAAAUAACCAUUUUGGGUGUUGUGAAUACUUGUAUUUACAUAUGUAUGCAUCUUAUUAUUUCAAUUUUAUCAAAUCUUCCGUAGUGGAUGUCGUUUGAUAAUAAAAAUAGUAGCCAAGUUAAUGAAAAUGCUGCCAUUAUAUAAGUAAAUAUUGCUUCGACCUGAAUUUAAUACACUUUCAGCAUUUGUAUAUAUAUGAAUUAUUUUGUUAUAAAAUCAUGUAAUAUUUGGGCCUAUUUGUAUCUUUCGAGUAGUUGCCACCAAACAAGGUACAUACAUAGGAGGUGAAAAGCUUUAUAAAAAUAUAUUGAAACUCCAACAACUAAUCUUAUAGUUUUGCUCAAAUUAACUUGCUCAACUGAGAAAAUCAUUCCGAGACAAACAUAAUGUAUUGACCCACCUCAAAAAAACUAUCUAGACACCCAGAAAAGCUUAAAUAGGCCCAUUUUACAUUAUUUUAACACUCUUUGAAUACAAUUAUGUUAGUCAUUAGUUUUAUAAUAAAUGAAUUGCACUGUAAGUUUAUUUUACGUCUUUUAGUUAUUCUGAAAGUUGUUGAUUACUUAUAAUUUAUUACUGUUAUUGUACCUUUAUAGACUUUAUUUCCAUUUAAUGCAUAGGUAUUUAAUACCAAAAUUAAAAUACAUAUUAUUAUAUAUAUUUAUAUAUACACAUAUAUAUAUAUAUGAAUAGCGUAAUUACUUCUUUCUUUAGAUGCUAUUAUGAAUACAGUAGUUAUAAAUUAAAUUGAUAUAUGUAUAAUGAGUGUUAGGGCAAAAAAUCGCCACAAAACGUUUCAAAAUACCCAUGUACAAAUGUAUUUGUAGAUCGGUAAAUCAAUAAAAAAACAUAUAAAUGAAA